UGCAGGGGAGUGAGUGCUUCGCCCAGCCGCCUGCGGGGUUAACUAGUGUGCGGCGACCGAAGUGGCGGCGGCGGCUACAACUACAACGCGAGCCCGGGCGGAGCGGAGGCCCGCGGAGCAGAGGAGCAUCCCGGCCUCCCGGUCCCCGGGCGGCGUGGCCCGCGGGUCAUGGCCAAAGGAGAGGGCGCCGAGAGCGGCUCCGCCGCGGGACUUCUGCCCACCGGCAUCCUCCAAGCCGGUGAACGCCCGGUCCAGGUGAAGAAGGAAACAAAGAAGAAAAAGCAGUUGUCCAUUUGCAACAAACUUUGCUAUGCAGUUGGAGGAGCCCCUUACCAGGUGACAGGAUGUGCCCUGGGGUUCUUCCUACAGAUCUACCUGUUGGAUGUAGCUCAGGUGGAUCCUUUCUCUGCUUCCAUCAUCCUAUUCGUGGGCCGAGCUUGGGAUGCCAUCACAGACCCCCUGGUGGGCUUCUGCAUUAGCAAAUCUCCCUGGACCCGCCUGGGCCGCCUCAUGCCCUGGAUCAUCUUCUCCACACCCGUGGCCAUCAUCGCCUACUUCCUCAUCUGGUUCGUGCCCGACUUCCACCAGGGCCAGACCCUGUGGUACUUGCUUUUCUACUGCCUCUUUGAAACGCUGGUCACGUGUUUCCACGUUCCCUACUCAGCUCUCACCAUGUUCAUCAGCACGGAGCAGAGUGAGCGUGAUUCUGCCACUGCCUAUCGGAUGACCGUGGAGGUAUUAGGUACAGUGCUGGGCACAGCAAUCCAGGGGCAGAUCGUGGGCCAAGCAGAUUCACCUUGUAUCCCAGAUGCCAAUGCUUCUACAGUCAAUCGCACACAGAGCUCCACCUCGAUCAAAGAAACGCAAAAUGCAUACCUGCUGGCGGCAGGAGUCAUUGCCUCUAUCUAUGUCAUCUGUGCUGUCAUCCUGACCCUGGGCGUGCGGGAACAGAGAGAAUCCUACGAGACUCAGCAGACCAAGCAGAUGCCCUUCUUUCGGGGCCUCCGGCUGGUCAUGAGCCAUGGGCCGUACAUCAAGCUUAUUGCCGGCUUCCUCUUCACCUCCUUGGCUUUCAUGCUGGUGGAGGGGAACUUCGCCUUGUUUUGUACCUACACCUUGGGCUUUCGGAACGAAUUCCAGAAUCUGCUCCUGGCAAUCAUGUUCUCAGCCACAGUCACCAUCCCCAUCUGGCAAUGGUUCCUAACCCGGUUUGGCAAAAAGACAGCUGUGUACGUUGGAAUCUCGUCAGCAGUGCCAUUUCUCAUUUUGGUGGCCCUCAUGGAGAGUAACCUGAUUGUCACAUACGUGGUGGCUGUGGCAGCCGGCAUCAGUGUAGCAGCUGCCUUCUUACUACCGUGGUCCAUGCUGCCCGACGUCAUUGAUGACUUCCACUUGAAGCAGCCCCACAUCCACGGGACCGAGCCCAUCUUCUUCUCCUUCUACGUCUUCUUCACCAAGUUUGCCUCUGGCGUCUCUCUGGGCAUCUCCACGCUCAGUCUGGACUUCACCGGGUACCAGACCCGUGGCUGCUCCCAGCCGGCACGUGUCAAGUUCACGCUGAAGAUGCUGGUGACCAUGGCUCCCAUAGUCCUCAUCCUCAUAGGCCUGCUGCUCUUCAAGCUCUACCCCAUUGACGAGGAGAAGAGGCGGCAGAACAAGAAGGCCCUGCAGGCUCUGAGGGAAGAGGCCAGCAGCUCGGGCUGCUCUGACACAGACUCUACAGAACUGGCCAGCAUCCUCUAGUGCCUACUGGAUGUCCCAAAGCUACUAUAUACAGGGCCUGGGUCACCAGGCCGAACAAAGACUCGAGGCCCGCUUGCCUGCUCCCUGCAUAGCUGGUCUCCAGAUGCCAGGAAGGGAGCUAAAGACUUCAUAGUAAGCAACCCAGGACACCUCCUGUGCCUAUCAUGGGGCGGGCAUCAGUCACCGGCCUCCCUGUGACCACCCUGGGGGCCAAGCCCCGGGACUGCUACUGUGAAUAUGCCAAGGACUGAUCGGGCCUAGCCUGGAACACUAAUGUAGAAACGUUGUAUACAGAGACUAAUUAAUAACUUAAUGACCAUGUACAUAGCAGUCUGUAUGUAUGUAUAUGUCUGUGAUCUAUUAAUGUUAUUAAUUUUCAUAAAAGCUGGAAAACUGA